GUGGGGUGGGGUUAGUGAGAUUGUUCCUGCCCGCUGCCCCGAUGGGGAGCUGCUGUCUCCUCUCCCGCCCAAACGCGCAGUUUUAGCCUCUGAGCCCUGAAGAGAGGCAAAGGCAGGAUAUUAGCAAGCGGGAGAGACAGCACCCAGCGGAGCCUGGGCAGACUCCCACCUCAAGGGUGAAGCGAGGGUGUGUGUGUGUCUACAUUCACAAGUGGGCCUUUGCAAGAAAAGAGGGACUGUGCAUUGGAUCAGCCCAUUGAUGCAAAGUCCUCCACACCUUGUGCGAAGGUGGUCUAGGAUUCCCCCUACCACACACACACACACACACACACACACACACACACACACACAGUCUGAGUUCUGGGGAGGGCAAAGAGCAUGUGGGAUGCAGGAAGGGGUGCCAGGCAGGAGACGGGAGGGAGCACUGAAAAUGCUCAGUUGGAGAUGCUGGAGAGAAAGGUAUACUGCUAUACCUAUGUUCAAUGUAACAUGUGAAUACCUGUGUACAGAUCCAUACCUGUGUACACUGUACACCUGUAUGACUGUUGAAUAUAACAUAUGAAUUUGGCUUCCAUAACAUCUUUAGGGAGUUUCUAAGCCAGGAGAUCCUGACAGGUGCUGUCUCUUUCUGCACACACACUGCACUCUGCCCACCCCCUGCUCAAAUUCAGCUUCUCAGCUCUGAAGAAAGGUUAAUGCAGAAUAAUAUCAAGAUGAUCCCCAGAUGCAAAAUUAGGGCCAGGGGCUAGAAGAAUCGGGGUGAGGUGAGGCUUUGCUUCCUUCUGGGGCAGACUCAGUCCAAAGGGUAACAUGACUGGAGGUCCACAUUUGGAAGGGAGCAUCUGCAAAAAGAGAAGUUGUGCAUUGGGACACCGCCUUCCUACACAGCUCCCAGCCCUUGGAAGAUGGUGACCUUUGAUCAUCCCACCUGUUUGGGAAAUGCAAACAGCAGAGGACAUUAGAGAGAAGGAGGAGUGCCAGGCAGGAAAGUCUGGAUGGGCAUUAGAAAUGUUCAGGGGAGACUCCUAGAUAGUAGCUGGGUGUGGGGAGAGGCAGAGAGGCAGCUCUAGAUUGGGAGGAAAACGGGGGCUGGGAAGAGAAAGUGAUAGAGCUCGCCUUCCCCUCACCAUGCCCCCUCCCCCGAUGCAUGUCACCCCCUGACUCCAUCAAUGGGGAAUUUCUAAGCCAGCAGGUCCUGGCAGCAAAGUCUUUUCCUUUCUUCUGAUUCUUCCUCUCAAGUUUGGAUGCACUGGAAAAAACAUUAAACGGGUUGAAUGAGAAGUGAGUGCAAAGUGUAUUUGGGUGUAGGGGACUCAGAGGCAGGAAUGUAAGCUGGGUGGGAACUGCAAGGCAGGGAAAUGGGGAGGGGAGUUGGAAGUGUAUGUCAGGGGGCAGAGGAGCCCAAGUAGUAAAUGGGAACACAAGGCCAGAGGCAGCUCUUGAAUCGGGAAGGGAAGAAGAAGUGAGAGAUGCCGUACCCCACAUUGAACCCUGGAGCAACCAUCCCCAGAGCUGUUUUGCUGCCGGUGUGCUUAGCCAGGAGGUCUUGAUGGUGCGAUCCUGUAGGAAGGAACCCAGACAGCCCUCUGGAAAACUUGGAACUGCUUUCAAAUGGGUUUACCCUUGUUUUAUUAGAGGGAGAAACCUUGGUUGCUAGCUAGAAUCACUCACUCUUGUUUCCAAAACACCUUUCAGCUACAAGAAUGUCAUUCUGCAGUGUGUAAUGUGUUGCAUUGGCAGGACUGAAGAGCUCCAUCUGCCUGGUCAGUCCUUGCAUUAAGAGAGAGACUUACCGAAGAGCAAGGAGAUCUUGCAGUAUUCCUGGAAGCUGCCUUGGAGUGCAGAGCAGAGAUAGAAAAGGGACACUCAGCUGGUCCUGCAGCAGGAAGGGACCCUCUUGCCAAGCAGACAGAGAGCAACUCUGGGAAAGAACCGUGCAGGAGAUGCUGGGUGAGGACGCCGCCAGCUCAGCUGCAAAGUCCCGCAGACUCAGACAGUUCUGUUACCAGGAGACCAGGGCCCCCCGAGAGAUUUGCAGCCGAAUCCACAGUCUUUGCUGUCAGUGGCUGAAGCCAGAAAAGCACACAAAGGCUCAGAUGCUGGAUCUCGUGAUCUUGGAGCAGUUCCUAAGCGUCAUGCCCCUGGAGAUGGAGAACUGGAUCAGAGAAUGUGGAGCAGAGACUAGUUCCCAGGCAGUGGCCCUGGCAGAAGGUUUCCUCCUGAGCCAGGCGGAGGCCAAGAAGCAGGCAGAGCAGCAGGGCCAGAAACUAUUCAAAGUAGAAACUGAUUUCUCGGUGGCAGAGAUGGCUUCUUUGGACCAUGGAGAGGGGACACCGUCCAGGUGGAUUGUGCAAGCAAAUGCCACCUUGCUGGGUGAUGAAGUCGCACUGGCUCUUCCAUCCAGGUCUUCUCCCCUUUCUGGAAGAGCAGAAACAGCCUCUGUGCAACUGGACCAGGGUCCAGUGACCUUUGAGGAUGUGGCUGUGUGUUUCAGGAAGGAGGAGUGGGCUCUGCUGAAUCCAGACCAACGGGCUCUGCAUUCAGAAGUCAUGGAGGAGAUCUGUGGGCAUCUGGCCUCUCUGGGCUCUCUUUAUUUUAUUCCUGCAGGUAAUGGAGGGAAGAAUGAGAAAAAGGAUGUAUUGCAGAAGAGGAAAAGGGAAGCAAAAUAUCUGUGGGAGAAGAAAGCUGCUGCUUCUGAAUGUAAUGACGUCUUUGAAAUUCCAGUCCAAAUGAAGGAUUGCAAUGGCAAAGGAAAUAAUAAAAACUCUCAACUUGCAAAAUUCAUAAAUAACUCAAGCUUUCACACACAUCAAAGAAUGAAUACAGUUAAGAAAAAAUAUGAAUGCUCAGAAUGUGGAAAGAAAUUCAGCCGCAGGCGAUAUCGUACUUGCCAUCAAAGAAUCCACACAGGGGAGAAACCAUAUCAGUGCUUAGAAUGUGGAAAGAACUUUCGUUUGAGAAAGGACCUUGUUAAUCAUCAAAGAAUCCACACAGGGGAGAAGCCAUAUCAGUGCUUGGUGUGUGGAAGGAGCUUCAGUCAGAAAGCUAACCUUACCUCCCAUGAAAGCAUCCACACAGGGGAGAAACCGUAUCAGUGCUUAGAAUGUGGGAAGUACUUCAGCUACAUCUCACAGCUUACCUGUCAUCGAAGAAUCCACACAGGGGAGAAACCAUAUCAGUGUUCAAUGUGUGGAAAGCGUUUCCGUCAGCAAGGACAACUUACUUCCCAUCAAAUAAUCCACACAGGGAAGAAACGAUUUAAAUGCUCAGAAUGUGGAAAGGACUUCAGCUACAUUUCACAGCUCACUUGCCAUCAAAGAAUUCACACAGGGGAGAAACCACAUCAGUGUUCAGUGUGUCAAAAGAGCUUUAGGGAGAUGUCACAUCUUACUAAGCAUCAAAGAAUUCACACAGGGGAGAAACGAUAUCAGUGCUCGGAAUGUGGAAAGAGUUUCAGUCAGAAUGCUCACUUUAUUUCCCAUCAAAGAAUGCACACAGGGGAGAAACCAUAUCAAUGCUCAGACUGUGGAAAUAAUUUCAGCAGCAUCUCAGAGCUUACUUCCCAUAGAAGAAUACACAUAAAUGAGAAACCAUAUCAUUGUUCAGUGUGUGGAAAGAGCUUCAGCCACCACUCAAAAUUUGCUUGUCAUCAGAGAAUCCACACAGGAGAGAAACCUUAUCAGUGUUCAGAAUGUGGAAAGAGCUUCACUCAUAAUUCUAACCUUAUUUCCCAUCAAAGAAUCCACACAGGAGAGAAACCAUAUCUGUGCACAGAAUGUGGAAAAAGCUUCACUGAUAAUUCUAACCUUAUUUCCCAUCAAAAAAUGCACACGGGGGAGAAACCAUAUCAAUGCCCAGAAUGUGGAAAGAAUUUCAGCUACAUCUCUCAGCUUACUUACCAUCAAAGAAUCCACACAGGGGAGAAACCAUAUGAAUGUUUAGAAUGUGGACAGAACUUCAGGUACAGUUCACAGCUUACUUACCAUCAAAGAAACCACACAGGGGAGAAACCGUAUGAAUGCUCAGAGUGUGGAAAAAGCUUCAACUGCAGCUCAGAGCUAAAGAAACAUCAAGAAACACAUAAACCAAAGAUAAGAUAUCAGUGCUCAGAUUGUGGAAAGACCUUCCGUCUGAAAAAAGACUUUACUUCACAUAAAAGAAUACACAGAGGGGAGAAACCAUAUCAAUGCUUAUAAUGUGGAAAGAACUUCAGCUAGAUCUUGCAGCUUGCUUGCCAUCAAAGCAUCCACACAGGGGAGAAACCAUAUCAAUAUUUAGUGUGUGUAAAGAGCUUCAGCUCCAGCUUACAAUCUAUUUGCUGUGAGCAAAUUAUGUCAAAGCUCAAGUGUGUGGAAAAAGCUUCAACUGGAGAUCUAACCUAAAGAUCAAAAUAUCCACACACAAAAGAGGCCAUAUCAGUAGUAGGUAGCAUGUUGCACCUAGAUUGUGGAGAGCCAAUUUUUCAGAGCCCUCUAAGUCACGAUUGUUUCAGAGCCUGCUAAGCCAGGAAGCUUGCUGUUUUAGUAGGAAUGGAAAAUGGAAUUUAGUUAUCCAAGGAACAUAGUUGAAGAUAAGAGUUACAAUGCUUUAAAGCCUGUUUAUGCUUUAAAAAUCAUUCAGAUUGCUCAUAAGGUGCCCAUCUUAACUUAGGCUGGAGUCGCCUGGUGGGUGCAGGGGCAGUGGUGGGGCAGCACGGAGUGGGUGCAGGAGCCCCCACCCCAGACCUAGGAGGCCACGGGCCAGAGCCUCAAGGUCCAGUGGUAAGAGCGCCUCUGGUGCUUCCUCAAAGUGCCACCUGUAUAGUAGAUGUCUAGCCAGAAAUACAACAUAACCCCAGUCCAGCCACAGUCACUUUAGACAGAUACACCUGAUGGAUUUUGUCAGAUGCAUCUUUUUUGCCAACACUUUCCCUCAUCUUAAGGGGGACAGAAUCAUUUUUCAAGUGGAGAUGGAAAUGUUUAUAUUAUUCUUACUCCUUUAUUUCGCUGAGUUCUGAAUGCACUGUCUGCUUACCUUGUUGCCCGGUUGUCUUCUGCCCUUCCAUUUUUUGUCAGAGAUGCCACCUCUGUUUGCUUUGUUUCUGAGCGUGAAGUAUCUCAGUACUGUAUCAAAUGUCAAUGAGUUCCAUAGAUCAGUCAGAAAAAUAAACAGUAAUGGCUAUGCA